AUGCUGCGCAAGCUCACCGUCGACCAGAUCAACGACUGGUUCACGAUCGGCAAGGCCGUGGCGGAUGUGGAGCUGCUGGGCUCGCCGCCCGCCUUUCCGGCCGAGGCCACCAGGGACGAGGCACAGCGCCGGGACGCGGGCCCCGCUGUGGGCGCCGCGGCUCAGCCCCAGCCGCCGCCCGUGGCGUCCCUGAGCGCACUGACUCUGCGUGUUCUUCGCAGGCCGCUUACCCGGAGGGGCUCGGAAGUGGAGUAUAUCAACGAGUUCCGGCAGCUGGAAGCGCGAGAGCUGGACGAGUGCGGCGGUGCUCAGCCCGCCCGCGGGCCAGGUCCAAGGCCAUCCUCGGCUAAAUUAAGCAAUGUGACAUGCAUCCCAGAGACCAGUUAUAAAUAUCCUGAUUUGCCUAUAAAUCGGUGUAAGGAAGAGGUUAUUUCUCUGAUAGAGAGUAAUUCUGUGGUGAUUAUACAUGGUGCCACGGGCAGUGGGAAAAGUACUCAGCUCCCACAGUACGUCCUGGACCACUACACUCAGCGCUCUGCCUACUGCAACAUUGUCGUGACGCAGCCUCGCAAGAUCGGGGCCAGCAGUAUCGCCAGGUGGAUCAGUAAAGAGCGAGCCUGGACGCUGGGCGGGCUGGUGGGCUAUCAGGUAGGGUUAGAGAAAAUAGCAACAGAGGACACAAAGUUAAUUUAUAUGACAACAGGGGUCCUCCUUCAGAAAAUUGUUAGCGCUAAGAGUUUGAUGGAAUUCACCCAUGUCUUCAUUGAUGAAGUCCACGAGCGAACCGAAGAAAUGGAUUUCCUGCUGUUGGUAGUCCGCAAGCUUUUAAGAACAAAUUCUCGUUUUGUGAAGGUAAUCCUGAUGUCGGCCACCAUCAAUUGUAAGGAGUUUGCAGACUACUUUGCUGUUCCUGUUCAGAACAAGAUGAACCCUGCAUAUGUUUUUGAAGUGGAAGGAAAGCCCCAUUCAAUUGAAGAGUAUUACCUCGAUGAUUUGGGGCACGCGCAUCACGGCAGGCUUCCUCCUCGUGUCCUGGAGGAGCCGGUGAUCACUAAGGACAUCUACGAAGUCGCUGUCUCCCUGAUCCAGAUGUUCGAUAACUUGGACAUGAAAGAGAGAGGGAGCAAGAGCUGGUCGGGGGCCCAGUUUGUGCUGGAGCGGAGCAGCGUGCUGGUGUUCUUGCCAGGCCUGGGUGAAAUCAACUAUAUGCACGAACUUCUCACAAACAUGGUUCACAAAAGGUUACAGGUUUACCCACUCCAUUCAAGUGUGACUCUAGAAGAACAGAAUAAUGUGUUUUUAAGCCCAGUUCCUGGGUACAGAAAGAUUAUCCUGUCCACCAACAUCGCAGAGAGCUCCGUCACAGUUCCGGAUGUCAAAUACGUUAUAGAUUUUUGUUUGACUAGAACUCUGGUUUGCGAUGAAGAUACGAAUUAUCAGAGUCUGCGGUUGAGUUGGGCCUCCAAAACCAGCUGCGACCAGAGGAAAGGCCGCGCAGGGCGAGUAUCCAAAGGGUACUGUUACCGGCUGGUUCACAAGGAUUUCUGGGACAGCUCCAUCCCCGACCACGUCGUUCCGGAGAUGCUGCGUUGUCCAUUGGGAAGCACAAUAUUGAAAGUGAAAUUGUUGGACAUGGGUGAACCAAGAGCUUUGCUGGCAACUGCCCUUUCUCCGCCGAGUCUGAGUGACAUCGAACGAACCAUCCUUCUGCUAAAGGAGGUUGGGGCGCUGGCCGUGAGUGGGCAGAGAGAAGAUGAGAACCCCCAUGACGGGGAACUGACCUUCUUGGGAAGAGUUCUAGCCCAGCUUCCUGUUAAUCAGCAGCUCGGUAAACUCAUAGUCCUCGGACACGUAUUUGGAUGUCUGGACGAAUGUCUUAUUAUAGCGGCAGCUCUUUCUUUGAAGAAUUUUUUUGCAAUGCCGUUUAGGCAGCAUCUUGAUGGAUACAGGAACAAGGUGAAUUUCUCUGGCAAUAGUAAGAGCGACUGUAUUGCACUCGUUGAAGCGUUUAAAGCUUGGCAGACUUGCAGACAGAGAGGAGAGCUGCGGCACCCGAAGGAUGAACUUGACUGGGGGCGGUUAAAUUACAUUCAGAUCAAGAGAAUCCGAGAGGUGGCCGAGUUGUAUGAAGAGCUGAAGAACAGGGUCUCCCAGUUCAACAUGCACGUUGAGCCCCGGCGGCCCGUCAUGGACCAGGAGUACACGUACAAGCAGCGGUUCAUCUUGCAGGUGGUGUUGGCCGGCGCUUUCUACCCCAAUUACUUCGCGUUCGGGCAGCCUGACGAGGAGAUGGCGGUGAGGGAGCUGGCCGGCAAAGACCCGAAGACCACUGUCGUGCUGAAGCACAUCCCGCCCUACGGAUUUCUCUACUACAAACAGCUGCAGUCUCUCUUCCGACAGUGUGGUCAAGUCAAAUCCAUCGUCUUCGAUGGUGCAAAAGCCUUUGUGGAGUUUUCACGUAACCCAACAGAGAGGUUUAAAACCCUUCCUGCAGUGUAUAUGGCCAUUAAGAUGUCUCAGCUGAAAGUCUCCCUGGAGCUGAACGUGCACUCCGCAGAGGAGAUCGAAGGGAAGGUGCAAGGCGGGGCUGUCUCGCAGCUCAGAAGCGCCAGGGUGAAUGUGGACUUCCAGAAGCAGACAGUAGAUCCUAUGCAAGUCUCCUUUAACACAUUAGACAGAUCCCGGACAAUUACAGAUCUCCUCCUGACUGUUGAUGUCACAGAGGUCGUCGAGGUGGGACACUUUUGGGGAUAUAGGAUUGAUGAAAAGAACUCGGGGAUUCUGAGAAAGCUCACCACUGAAAUCAACCAGCUGGACCUGCUGCCCUUGCCUGUCCGCCCGCACCCAGACCUGGUCUGUCUGGCUCCUUUUGCUGAUUCUGAUAAAGAAAGCUACUUCAGAGCUCAAAUCCUUUAUGUUUCUGGGAAUUCUGCCGAGGUGUUCUUUGUAGACUAUGGUAAUAGAUCUCAUGUAGAUCUGGAUCUUUUGAUGGAGAUGCCCUGUCAACUUCUUGAACUCCCAUUUCAGGCCUUGGAAUUUAAGAUUUGCAAAAUGCGCCCGUCGGCAAAGUCCCUCGUGUGUGGUGAGCACUGGAGUGGUGCGGCCAGCCGGCGCUUUGCCUCCCUGGUGAGUGGCUGCGCCCUGCUCGUCAGGGUCUUCUCUGUGGUGCACAGUGUCCUGCAUGUGGACGUGUACCGCUGUGCGGGGGCCCAGGACGCUGUCAGCGUGAGAGACGUCCUCAUCAAGGAGGGCUACGCAGAGCUCUCAGAGGAGCCCUAUGAGUCCAAGCAAAGCCACGAAGCUCUCAAGGGUCUCUUCUCCACAUCCGUGGAAAACAUGGCAGAGCUCUCUACGUCUUCUCCCGUGAAGGAUGAUGAAAAGUACCUGAUCCGGGUUUUGUUAGAGAGCUUUUCUUCUAAUAAACUCGGUACCCCCAACUGCAAGGCGAUACUUCAUGGGCCUUUUAACCCUUAUGAACUGAAGUGUCAUAGUCUGACCAGAAUAUCCAAGUUCAGGUGUGUGUGGGUGGAGAAGGAGAGCAUCAACUCUGUCAUCAUCAGCGACGCCCCCGAGGACCUUCACCAGAGGAUGCUGGUUGCGGCCUCCCUUUCUGUCAACGCGACCGGGUCCACCAUGCUGCUGAGAGAGACGUCUCUGCUGCCGCACGUGCCUGGCCUCCCGGCUCUCCUCAGUGCGCUGUUCGCGCCAGUGAUCGAGUUAAGGGUCGAUCGGGAAGGAAAAUGCUAUACUGGAGUCCUUUGUGGUUUGGGGUGGAACCCAACUACGGGUGCCCCUAUCCUGCCGGAGCAUGACAUCGAGCUAGCCUUUGACGUUCAGCUCAGCGUGGAGGACAUCAUGGAGAUUAAUAUUCUCAGGGCUGCUAUCAACAAGCUGGUAUGUGAUGGGCCAAAUGGGUCGAAGUUUCUUGGGCCAGAAAGAAUUGCACAGUUACAGGAUAAUGCUCGUCAGAAACUUCUAGGUUUGUUCUGUCAGUUGAAGCCAAGACAGAGAGUUGUCCCUAAGUGGCAUGAAAAGCCGUAUGAGUGGAAUCAGGUUGAUCCAAAGCUGGUCAUGGAUCAGGCUGACCGGGAGAGUGGCCGAGGGAAGAACACCUUUCUCUACCAGCUCCACAAACUGGUUGUUCUCAGCACCUAG